GGCCCGCCCCGAGCCGGGGCCUUGGCAGCCAUGGGUGAUCUGACCAACAGUGACUUUUACUCCAAAAACCAAAGAAACGAGUCGAGCCAUGGGGGCGAGCUGGGGUGCACAAUGGAGGAGCUCCGCUCCCUCAUGGAGCUGCGGGGCACCGAGGCGGUGGUCAAGAUCAAGGAGACGUACGGGGACACGGAAGCCAUCUGCCGGCGCCUCAAAACCUCACCCACCGAAGGUCUGCCGGGCACCGCGCCGGACCUGGAAAAGAGGAAGCAGAUUUUUGGGCAAAACUUUAUACCUCCGAAGAAGCCAAAAACUUUCCUGCAGCUGGUGUGGGAGGCGCUGCAGGAUGUGACGCUCAUCAUCCUGGAGAUUGCCGCCAUCAUCUCCCUGGGCCUGUCCUUCUACCACCCACCCGGGGAGAGCAAUGAAGGGUGUGCAACAGCCCAGGGAGGGGCAGAGGAUGAGGGAGAGGCGGAAGCCGGCUGGAUCGAGGGGGCUGCCAUCCUCCUCUCCGUCAUCUGCGUGGUCCUGGUCACCGCCUUCAAUGACUGGAGCAAGGAGAAGCAGUUCCGAGGUCUGCAGAGCCGCAUCGAGCAGGAGCAGAAGUUCACUGUGGUCCGGGCCGGCCAAGUGGUCCAGAUUCCUGUGGCUGAGAUCGUGGUCGGGGACAUUGCCCAGAUCAAAUAUGGCGACCUCCUCCCUGCCGACGGCCUCUUCAUCCAGGGCAACGACCUCAAGAUCGACGAGAGCUCCCUGACCGGCGAGUCGGACCAGGUGCGCAAGUCCGUGGACAAAGACCCCAUGCUGCUGUCAGGUACCCACGUGAUGGAGGGCUCAGGGCGCAUGGUGGUGACGGCCGUGGGAGUGAACUCUCAGACGGGCAUCAUCUUUACCCUGCUGGGGGCCGGAGGAGAAGAGGAAGAGAAGAAAGACAAAAAAGGUGUGCAGAAGGGGGAUGGCGUUCAGCUACCAGCGGCAGACGGUGCGGCAGCUGCCAAUGCUGCCGAUAGCGCAAAUGCCAGCCUAGUCAAUGGUAAAAUGCAGGAUGGCAAUGUGGACAGCAACCAGAGCAAAGCCAAGCAACAGGAUGGGGCGGCCGCCAUGGAGAUGCAGCCCCUGAAAAGCGCGGAGGGCGGCGACGCCGAUGACAAGAAGAAGGCCAAUAUGCACAAGAAGGAGAAAUCGGUGCUGCAGGGCAAGCUCACCAAGCUGGCUGUGCAGAUCGGCAAGGCGGGUCUGGUGAUGUCGGCCAUCACCGUCAUCAUCCUGGUUCUGUACUUCACCGUGGACACCUUUGUGGUCAACAAGAAGCCGUGGCUGGCCGAGUGCACGCCGGUGUACGUGCAGUACUUCGUCAAGUUCUUCAUCAUCGGCGUGACGGUGCUGGUGGUGGCCGUGCCCGAGGGCCUUCCGCUGGCCGUCACCAUCUCGCUGGCCUACUCGGUGAAGAAAAUGAUGAAAGACAACAACCUGGUGCGACACCUGGACGCCUGCGAGACCAUGGGCAAUGCCACCGCCAUCUGCUCGGACAAGACAGGCACGCUCACCACCAACCGCAUGACGGUGGUGCAGGCCUAUGUGGGCGAUGUCCACUACAAAGAGAUCCCAGAGCCCAGCGCCAUCAAUGCCAAGACCCUGGAGCUGCUGGUCAACGCCAUAGCCAUCAACAGCGCCUACACCACCAAGAUCUUGCCGCCAGAGAAGGAGGGUGCCCUACCCCGGCAGGUGGGCAACAAGACAGAGUGCGGCCUGCUGGGCUUUGUGCUGGACCUGAAGCAGGACUACGAGCCGGUGCGCAACCAGAUGCCGGAGGAGAAGCUGUACAAGGUGUACACCUUCAACUCCGUGCGCAAGUCCAUGAGCACCAUCGUCAAGAUGCCGGAUGACAGCUUCCGCAUGUACAGCAAGGGCGCUUCCGAGAUUGUGCUCAAAAAGUGCUGCAAAAUCCUCAGUGGGGCGGGCGAGCCCCGCGUCUUCCGGCCGCGAGACCGGGACGAGAUGGUGAAGAAGGUGAUCGAGCCCAUGGCCUGCGACGGGCUCCGUACGAUCUGCGUGGCCUACCGCGACUUCCCCAGCAGCCCGGAGCCCGACUGGGACAAUGAGAGCGACAUCCUGAGUGACCUCACCUGCAUCUGCGUGGUGGGCAUCGAGGACCCCGUGCGGCCCGAGGUCCCGGAAGCCAUCCGCAAGUGCCAGAGGGCAGGCAUCACGGUCCGCAUGGUCACGGGCGACAAUAUCAACACGGCUCGGGCCAUCGCCAUCAAGUGUGGCAUCAUCCAUCCUGGGGAGGACUUCCUGUGUCUGGAGGGCAAAGAGUUCAACCGGAGGAUCCGGAACGAGAAGGGGGAGGUUGAGCAGGAGCGAAUCGACAAGAUCUGGCCAAAGCUGAGGGUACUGGCUCGCUCCUCCCCCACUGACAAGCACACCUUGGUCAAAGGCAUCAUCGACAGCACGCACACGGAGCAGAGGCAGGUGGUGGCCGUGACAGGAGACGGGACCAAUGACGGGCCCGCACUCAAGAAGGCCGACGUGGGCUUUGCCAUGGGCAUCGCGGGCACGGACGUGGCCAAGGAGGCGUCGGACAUCAUCCUGACGGACGACAACUUCAGCAGCAUCGUGAAGGCGGUGAUGUGGGGCCGGAACGUUUACGACAGCAUCUCCAAGUUCCUGCAGUUCCAGCUCACCGUCAACGUGGUGGCCGUCAUCGUGGCCUUCACGGGCGCGUGCAUCACACAGGACUCCCCUCUGAAGGCCGUGCAGAUGCUCUGGGUGAACCUCAUCAUGGACACAUUCGCCUCGCUGGCGCUGGCCACUGAGCCGCCCACAGAGACCCUGCUCCUGAGGAAGCCGUACGGCCGCAACAAGCCGCUCAUCUCCCGGACCAUGAUGAAGAACAUUCUGGGCCACGCCGUGUACCAGCUCACCCUCAUCUUCACGCUGCUCUUUGUGGGCGAGAAGAUGUUCCAGAUUGACAGCGGGCGGAACGCACCGCUGCACUCCCCGCCCUCCGAGCACUACACCAUCAUCUUCAACACCUUCGUCAUGAUGCAGCUCUUCAACGAGAUCAAUGCCCGCAAGAUCCACGGCGAGCGCAACGUCUUUGAUGGCAUCUUCCGGAACCCCAUCUUCUGCACCAUCGUGCUGGGCACCUUUGCCAUUCAGAUUGUGAUCGUGCAGUUUGGUGGGAAGCCGUUCAGCUGUUCCCCGCUGCAGCUGGACCAGUGGAUGUGGUGUAUCUUCAUUGGCUUAGGAGAGCUCGUCUGGGGCCAGGUCAUUGCCACCAUCCCCACGAGUAGGCUCACAUUCCUGAAGGAGGCGGGCAGGCUCACGCAGAAGGAGGAGACCCCCGAGGAGGAGCUCAACGAGGAUGUGGAGGAGAUCGACCACGCCGAGCGGGAGCUGCGUCGUGGCCAGAUCCUGUGGUUCCGGGGCCUGAACCGCAUCCAGACGCAGAUCCGCGUGGUGAAGGCGUUCCGUAGCUCUCUCUACGAAGGGUUAGAAAAGCCUGAGUCUCGAACCUCCAUCCAUAACUUCAUGGCUCAUCCCGAAUUCCGGAUCGAAGACCCCCAGCCCCACAUCCCCCUCAUCGACGACACCGACCUGGAAGAAGAUGGGGCCCUCAAGCAGAACUCGAGCCCGCCGUCCUCGCUCAACAAGAACAACAGCGCCAUCGACAGCGGGAUCAACCUGACCACCGACACGAGCAAAUCAGCUACCUCUUCAAGUCCAGGGAGCCCUAUCCACAGCCUGGAGACGUCGCUUUAGCUGAGCCCCCAGGCCCGUCC